GAAACAAUUGUCCCCACCUCUCCUGAUUUCUGCAAUGUUCAGAACUGACUGUACAUGCAAAAGAAAAACCUCAAUUCACUCAUCCCCACUAAUCCAGCUCAUCAUCUUUCUCUCUCUACUCUCUCUCUCUCUCACACACAAACAACUACGCCGGAAUCUGAUCGUGGUUUUUCCGACCAUGAGAACCAACCAGCCAAAGCUGAAAGCUAACCCAGUACGGAGUCCAUUAUUUUCAUGUGGUUUCUUCCGACAAUGCACUCAGACUGUUCUUAGUCCCACCAGCUCUACCCCUCCGCCCCUCCCUCACGCGCCGCCAACGCCGACGCCGCUCACUUCCCAGCUGAUGCCGCCCCCGCCGGCCGAGUCGUCGUCUUCCUCUUCUUCCAACACCUCACAGAGUUUCACUCAGUGGAGGUUUCCUCUCUCCAACUCGCCCUUGUCGUCCCACCACCACUCUUACUCGCUCCCCAAAUCCGAACCCGUUUCCGGUCCGGAUCCGAACCUGAAUAAAGGGGAUGCCGGUUCGGCCGGUUCGGUUUCGGUUUCGGUUUCUCCGCCGCAGCUUACCAGCGCAGGAUUGGAGGAGAUUUUCCGGGUGGCGGAGGUACAAUUCGGUUCCGGGUCGGACGCGGGUCGGGUCGUAGCCGUGCACUUGCUGGAGAGGUCUCUUGUUCCGAAUCCGCGUUCCGCGGUGGACGGCGGCUGCCCUUGCCCGGCGGCGGUGGUCGGCGGGGUGGUGGCGUGCCUGAGGGAAGGGGUGGCGCGUAAGGCCGCGAGUAAGGUUCUGCUGGCGCUUUGUCUGGUGGAGAUGAACCGACGCGCGGCGGUGGAGGCGGGCGCGGUGACGGCGGUGGUCGAGGCGCUGACGGACGCGGAGAUUGCGGUGGCGGAGAGGUCGUUGGCGGCGCUGGAGCUGCUUUGCACGACGGCGGAAGGGACGGCGGAGGUGAGGGCCCACGCGCUGGCAGUGCCGAUGAUGGUGCAGGUUAUGGGGAGGAUGGAGGGGAGGGGGAAGGAGCACGCGAUAAGCGUGCUGGCGGUGAUAUACGGUGGUUUGGAAGAAGGGGUGGCGGUGGCGCCGGCGGAGCAGGUGGCGCGUGCGGUGAUGCUGGCCCUGCAAGGGGACUGUAGUGCGAGGGGGAGAAGAAAAGGGGCCCACCUACUGAAAAUUCUGCAACAGAAUGGACGGCUGGAUUUGUCUGAAGAGGAGAGAUGAACGGUUCAGAUUUGUCUAUCUUAGUUCAAUAGUUUAUGUUAGAUGUAAUAAUUUAUUUUUGGCUAAUUCAAUAAUUUAUCCUCUUGUAAAUAAAUAUCCUCUUUCAUGCUUAUAAAAAAAUUGAUAUUUUAUUUGCUAA